CAAUCACAUGUUAUAUUUAUCACCGAUCAGCUUCCAUACUUAAUAAGCUUUCAUGAUCUGCAAUGACUUGAGUUAUUUGGUUAAAUUUAAACUAAUAUUGAACCAUGAGAUGAAGCAGACGGUGCUUUUGAGCUACUUGGCCUGCUGUGUCGUCUCAUCCAUCAUCGGCUUUAAUCACGUCGUCCUCAAUAACACCUCUGAGGUAGUGACAGACAAGCUAAAUGAGCAGCAGAACCAAACAGCUCACAGGAGUCUUAAUUCAGAGAGACUGCUCUACUGUUCCAGUGUGGGGUUCUGGAGUCUGGGUGCCCUGGGUUCAUCUUUCCUUGCUUUCCAGCUAGUCUGCAGUGGUCCCUCCCGUAUAGGGUGCAAGAAGACAGUGUACAUCAGUGCACUAAUAGCAUCCAUUGGACUCACAGUGCAAUUCUCAUUCGGCUUCGUGAGCUUCCCGUGGUUGUUGCCGGUGGGAAGACUGGUGACAGGGUUCGGAGACGGCAUCCUCUUAUUCACUGCCGAAGUCUACCUUGACUCCGUCACUCCUCCUUCCAAAGAACACUUCAUAAGGUUAACUCACUGGAUACGAGUCCGAAACCUUUAUGCAUGA